AUUACCAGAUAAUCAAUUAUGAAAAGUGAUUAUAAUUUCAAAAUUGGUUAAAUUAUAUAUGUAUAAUAUGGAUAAAUCUCAGAUCAAUAAAAACGAUUUUUUCUUUCAAGUUCAGUAUGCAUUUCCUAUUUUAUAUGAAAAGAUUCAAAAUGAAUGUACAGAUGAAGAAUUUGCAGAUGUGAUUAAAGAAAUAAAGAGGUUGAAUUUGACACAAUUUGUUGAAGAUAUAGUUAUUUAUCAUAUAGAGUUAUAUAUUCGGCAAAAUGUAGCACCCACAUUUUGGAAAAAAUUCACAAAUAAUGUGACUGGACAACAAGGUUUCGAACAUUUUAAAAAUGCAGUAGAUGGAUUAUAUAUAAGUUUAACAGAAUUUUUGCCAUUAUUAAAAAAGUUAGAAUACUUAACACAAAAUGAAACAGUUCAAUCUACAACAAAUGGGAACAACGUACUAAGUCAAUUUAAAUUAAUUGUACGAUCUACGCUAUUAAGUCAGUUACCACUUCACUAUGAACACAUAGUUGAACAAUUUUAUAAAAUUGCGUUUAAUGUAUUUUGUAGUGCAGAUAGUUCUACACAAGUAACUAAUGGAAGUGAUACUGCUCAAUGUAUGGGUUGUUACCAGGAAGUAGAUAAAUGUCAGUGUCAAAUGAUUGUAUUUAUGUUCCAUGAAACAAAUAGAAAAUUAAUUGAGUUAGAACUAUUAGAGAGAUUAGUUGGUAAUGUUCUUACAUCGUUGAUACAUAUACGUAUUAAAAAUCGUGUCAAUCAAUCAUGUGAUAAAACAUUUGAUGUGUCACAAUUAAAAUCAUUAGAAAAUUGGCUUGAAACGGUUGUUAUGAGUUGGUUAAUAAGAAUAUAUUCUGGUGGUUUUUCAAAGGUUGUAUCUUUGACUAAUCAAACUCGUAAUGCUAUAGACAAAUUUAAACAGAAACUGUCUCAUUUUUUAUAUGAAACAUAUACAAGAUUUAGAAUUGAACAACUCUUUGACAUCAUAAUAGAGUAUCCUGAUUCUCAACCUGCUAUAGAUGAUUUACGUAUUUGUCUAGAACGAACUGAUUUACGUAAAAUCCUAAUAGAAAGUCUACAAGAAGCAUUAAAAACAAGAUUAUUACAUCCAGGUGUAAAUACACCAGACAUAAUAACAGCUUAUAUUGCAGCUAUAAGAGCAUUGAGACAAUUGGAUCCUACAGGUGUCCUCCUUGAAACAAUAACAGAACCUAUUAAAAUUUAUUUAAGAACCAGAGAGGAUACUGUACGUUGCGUAGUGAGUGAUUUGCUUGAUGACUCACCAAGUGAUCUAGCUGAUGAACUAAUCAAGGGCGAAUCCUUACAAUUAGAUGAUGGUUCUGGCGAUGAAGAAAACGAAGAUUGGGAUAAAUGGAUGCCAGAUCCUGUUGAUGCUGAUCCUGCAAAAUCAGCACAACGCAGGAUGUCAGAUAUAAUAUCGAUGUUAGUAAAUGUAUAUGGUAGUCAAGAUCUAUUUGUAAAUGAAUAUCGUACAUUAUUAGCAGACAGACUACUGUCUCAAUUAAAUUAUCAUACUGAACGAGAAAUCCGUCAUUUAGAAUUAUUGAAAAGGCGUUUUGGAGAUAAUCAACUUCAUUACUGUGAAGUUAUGUUAAAAGAUGUAUACGAUUCUAAAAGAAUAGACGGGCAUAUACAAUCUGAUGCUAGUUACACUUUAGAAAAAGAGCACUUUCCUACAUCUGCAUUGAUAUUAUCAGCACAGUUUUGGCCACCAUUUAAAGAAAACUGGAAAUUAGAGUUACCUAAAAUUGUACAGGACCAAUUAAACAAAUAUGUAAAAGCAUUUGAAACUCUAAAAGGAAAUAGAACACUUUGUUGGAAACCUCAUCUCGGAAAUGUUAAUUUAGAAAUUGAAUUAAAAGAUAGAAAAUUAGAUAUAAAUGUAACGCCCAUACAUGCUACAAUAAUCUUACAUUUUCAAGAUAAGAAAGAAUGGGCUCUAGAAGAACUUGCAGAAAUAAUGCAUGCCCCUGCAACUGUGUUAAGAAGAAAAAUAACUUUUUGGGUUUCACGGGGUCUUUUGAAAGAAAUUUCUAACGAUGUCUUCAUAUUACAAGAAGAAAGUUCGACGAAAACCAAAUCUUUAUCAGACAUCGUUCUGGAAGAAGAAGUAGAAAGUGCAAUGGCGUCUGCAAGUGAUCAGAGGGAGGAAGAACUUCAAGUAUUUUGGUCUUAUAUCGUUGGCAUGUUAACCAAUUUAGAUUCUAUGCCUUUAGAGAGAAUUCAUCAAAUGUUAAAAAUGUUCGCAUCUCAAGGUCCAGGAGCAAUGGAAUGUGGCUUACCUGAAUUGAGACAAUUUCUUGAUAGAAAAGUGAGAGAACAUCAACUAUUAUUUUCAGGUGGCUUAUAUCGUUUACCAAAAUCAUAAUUAUUAUUUAAUUCUUUGUAUUAUAUGAUGUAUAAUAUGUGAUAAACUCAUCAAUGUGUAAAAGCUGAUUUCAUACAAUAAGAUUAAUAAUAAAAAUUAAUCUGUAUAAUACUGUUUAAA